CACGCCUCGGUCCGCCUGCGCCACUCCGCCGUCGAGCUUCUGCCCGAGAGGAUGAACACGAGCGCGCGCGCACACGCACACGCACACACACACACACGCACACACGGGGCGACGCUAGAAGAGACAAAGUAACCGCGUUGAGUUUGAGGAAAUAUGGUGUUUCUCGGUGGGAAUGAUGGACGCAGUAGACUCCAUUGAUCCGUACAGCCGGCCGGCGCGCAGGACGCAAUGGGUGGUCAGCACUCUGGCGUACCAUUACGGACUGGACCGGGGAGUGGAGAACGAGAUUAUAGUUCUGGCCACCGGCUUGGACCAGUACCUGCAGGAGAUUUUCCAUCAUAUGGACUAUCAGGGCGGGGGCAAAAUCCCCGCGGAGGACUUCAACGUCCUGUGUGAACUUCUGGGACUGGACAAAGACUCGGAGGACACCGAGUGCGCCGGCGUCUUGGAAGACUUGCCCGGCGAGCUCACCUUCAGGCACUUCCACGCCAAGCUGUGCGGGUACUUCAGCACCAAGGCGGGGCGCCAGUACGAGGACGGCCGGCUGCUGGUCGGUAAGGACAGCGAGCACAUAGAGACUCAGAUCCGCCUGCGGAGCCCCCUGAGGCGGCGGGAGAAGCUGCUGUGCGAGGGCGCGCGUCGCCGCUCGGGGGGCCGCCACGCCUCCGGCCGCAGGCUCGCCUCCUGCACCGAGGAGUGCUACGAGGAGAUAGUGGCGCUGGAGGAGGCCGAGGACCGCGUAGCGACGCUGGAGGACGAGAACGCCAGUUUGCGCGAGCUCAUCGAGGACAUGCGCGCCGCACUCCAGAGCAGCGACGCGCGCUGCUUGGCGCUGCAGGUAGGACUAUGGAAGCGCCACUCAAAGCAUAAGCCAGAGGAGGGCGUUCUCGCUGCCCACCAGAAACAAGUGGCCCAGAAGAGUUUGAGCAACCUGAAGAGCUUGCAGAGCAUCAUCCACGAGAUAGAACUGCUGCGCAGCUCCAGAGACCUGCAGGUGGAGGAGGCCAUGCUGUGUAACCAGAGACUGGAGCAGGAGCUGUGGACCUCUAAGCAGACCGUGGUGACCCUGGAGGAAUGCAACCGAGUCCUGAAGAGGGAGCAGGUGGGCAUGAGGAGGAAGGUGGAGGAGGCCAGGCAGGCGCUGCUCAGCGGCCUGGAUAAGGUGAAGGAACUGGAGGCCGAGGCCAGCCAUGUGCCGACACUACAGAGGCUCGUCCUCCAGCUGGAAUCAGAGCUCCUCUUCUACAGGUUGGAGGUGUCGAAACUACAACCCCCGAGCGGCACGGGGGUGGAGCAGCAGCAGCCGGGCGCCGGCAGCAGGUCGGACUCCCAACACGACCGGUGUUCUCCGACGGGGCGCGCCAUGACUACGCCGGACAAAAUGGACGAGCAGCUGUUUCGUUCGGUGGAGGGCCAGGCGGCGUCUGACGAGGAGGACGACAAGUGGACCGAGGACCAGCAGCGGCAGGUGGACGAGGUGAAGAGGAUCCUGACCAGGCUGUCCCGCUGCGGGGAAAGGUGCCACGACGAGGCGCUGAAGAAGCGGAUGUCCAGUUACGGCAGCUGGAGGAGCGAGGAGAGCUGCAGCGCCGUGCUGGAGCUCCUGGAGAGGGUGACCGUGCUGCAUAAGCACCUGGAGGCGAAGGAGAGCCAGGCGGAGAUGGACAUGGACCAGAUGAAGGACUCUCUGGUGCAGGAGCUCCAGCAGAAGGCGGAGGAGACUGAGCUGCUCCAGGUGGAGCUGCGGAUGCUGGAGACGGAGAGGGUUCGUCUGUCGCUGGUGGAGGAGAAGCUGAUGGACAUCCUGCAGCUGCUGCAGCAGCUCAGGGACCUGAACGUCUCGCGGCGGUCCCUCGGGAAACUCUUGCUCAGCACUUUGGGGUCCUGCAGCGACCCGCAGCACGGCAAAGCCCACAUCGUGGAGGUGCUGAACGCUCUCUACCACGAACUGGCCGCCUGUGAGGUCCUGUCCACCGGGGGGGCUUUGGGGCCGAGUCAGCGGUCGGGGAACGCCCUCUUCAUCUCGUGCUGAUCAAGGGCGCCUCCUGCCGGGCCAACGGCGCUCCCACAGCCGCUGCAGAGGACUCCUGUGCAUAGUGUAUUAUAUUGUAGCUCACGUACUCAGACCCUACUAUCUAUCAGGGAAUAUCAAUCUAGAACUUGUAUUGUAUUAUUAUUACAUAUUAACGUAGACCUUGCUCUCUUUAUGCGGAAGCCCUUUUUAAAAAACAAUCCAAAUAGUUACUUUACUAAUUACUUAAUUAUAGGUGAAAAAAAGUCUUGCAAGGAUUAUUCACAUUUUAUUUCUUGCUGACUUGCUAACACAAUAAAUGUACCUUAAGUCAAUUUAAACCUGCUUAAACUUUCCAGAGAUAAAAAAAAUAAUGUAUAAUAACUUAGACAAAAUAAUUCCGGCUAUUUUUUUCCAGCUGCUCUUCAGUCUGAAGUUUAACAGAGAAUACAAUUCAUAUCAGACUGAGAUAAUGGACGUGUCAGAAUGAGUUUUUCAUAUUUCAUCGUUGGUGCGUGAUCUGCGACCCUCUCGAUGUCUCCGUAAUGUGUGACGUUGCGUUCAGGUACUCAUCGCUCAGAGCUGCAUGCGUCAUGUGAACAGGACCAAUCCAAAUGUAAAUAGUGACCUUUGAAAACUUUACUUUUCACCUCAUACUGUAAAACAAGUGUCAGCUGGUUUGACUGGCCCACAAGGUCAACGUCCUGGUGCUGAAGUUGUACCUUUUUUGUAUCAGAGGCGAUACUGGUUUCCUAAAUGCAUAAUUAGUUGGGUUUCUAUCAGGCGCCGUCAGAACUUCUAAAUGGGGUGUAGUUAAUUUGAUAACAUUGCAGUAAGAAACAAUAGUAAUAAUACUGGAAUGCUGGUUUGUGGGGAUGAUGACAGACAAACAAAUGUACAAAUGUGUUGGGGAAACGAACAUGCAACGAGCCCUUCUCUCCACGGAUACUGACUACUGCCUUUUUCUUUAAGACAUUCAGCUCAUCCUGAUACAUGAAACAUGUCAAAUGUCGUCCUCUAAUGCGAAAACACACGCACUUGUGUUAUUGAAACAUGCCAUUAAAGCCUUUAACGUUUGCAAUCUG